GUCGUUCUGUGACAAUUUUAAACCCGUAUCACCUUCUCCUUCUCAUACACAACCUACCAAAAAUUCCUUUCAGAAACCAUUUUCAAUUCUGAUCACUUUGUUCUGGUUUUGCAAGAAAUGCAAUUUUCUUUUUCGUUCAAGUCCUUAACCUUAACAACCCUUUUAUGGGUUGCUCUUAUUACUAAAAUUGAUUGCUUCAAUUUUAACUUCACGAAUUUCAAUGACGAAGAUUCUGCUAGAAACCAACUUAUUCUGAGUAGCAACUCAACUAUCUUUCUUGGUGCAAUCCAAGUUACACCAGAUGCUAAUGGAGCCCCCAAGACUCAUCGAUCAGGGCGAACCCUAUAUAAGAAGCCAUUCAAACUUUGGAGUAACGGUAACGGGUUUAAUGCAUCUUUCAAUACCACCUUUGUACUUAAUAUUCAAAGCCAAACAAAUCCAGGAGGAGAGGGCUUAGCUUUUAUAUUAACAGCUAAUUCUGUUGUUAAUGAUAUCAGCGAUGAUGGUCAGUGGCUUGGUAUCAUUAAAAAUGAAAUGAACGGUUCCUCUUCAGCCCAAACAGUUGCUAUAGAGUUUGAUACAAGAAAAAGCUACCCAGAAGAUCUUGAUGAUAAUCAUGUUGGCUUAGAUAUUAAUAGUAUCAAUUCUCGAGUUCAGUUCCCCUUAACUAAAGUUGGUCUUAAUCUCACCAGCGGUAAAGAUAACAAUGUUCGUGUUGAAUAUAAUGGUCAACUUAAGGAGUUGACUGUUUUCGUCGGGAACGUGAUAAAGCCAGUAUUAUCUGAGAAUCUUGAUCUCUCAGUCUAUCUUCCUGAGAAGAUUUUCGUGGGAUUUUCGGGCUCAACGAGUAAUUAUACUCAGUUAAACUGUGUAAAGUCAUGGACGUUUAAUGGCACUGAAAAAGGAGAUGAACACGAGCCUUUUUGGGUUUGGAUUUUGGUUCCACUCCUUGGAGUGUUGUUAUUGUUUGGGAUUGGAUAUUUCAUUUACUGGAAAAGAAAAUCAGAAAGAGAAAAAUUGGCAGAUGCAGAUGCUUAUCCUAUAAGCAUAGAAGAAGCAAUACAAGGCUCUUCCACAGCUCCAAGAAAGCUCAAAAUGAAAGAAUUAAGCAAAGCAACAAACGGCUUCAGUUCCAAGAACAAGCUUGGAAAAGGCGGAUUUGGGACAGUGUAUAAGGGAAUGAUCAAAGAUAAAGAAAUUGCAGUAAAGAAAGUUUCAAAGAAAUCAACACAAGGAAAAACAGAGUUCAUAGCUGAAGUCACCACAAUUGGUAAUCUACGUCAUAAAAAUCUCGUUAAACUAAUCGGUUGGUGCUACGAGAGGCGUGAAUAUCUUCUCGUCUAUGAGUACUUGCCGAAUGGUAGUUUAGAGAAGUACAUAUUUGAUGAGUCGGCAUCAGAUGUUCUAGGAUGGAAAACAAGGUUGUCCGUAAUAACAGGGACAGCGCAGGCAUUAGACUACUUGCAUAAUGGCUGUGAAGAGAAAAUACUCCAUCGCGACAUCAAAUCCAGCAACAUAAUGUUAGAUUCAGAAUUCAAUCCGAAGCUAGGGGAUUUUGGACUUGCUCGAACAAUUAAACUCAGUGAUCAAACUCAUCACACUACAAAAGAAGUAGCUGGAACGCCUGGCUAUAUGGCUCCGGAGAGUAUACUCACCAGUAGGUUUACAGUGGAAACAGAUGUUUAUGCCUUCGGUGUAGUUAUAUUGGAAGUUGCAUGUGGAAGAAAGCCAGGAAGUCCGAACCAUCAAGACGAUUAUAUUGGUCACAUAGUAAAUUGGGUAUGGGACUUGCAUAAAAAAGGAAGGAUAAUUGAUGCUGCAGAUAAAAGACUGCAGGGAGAUUUUGAAGAUGGAGAAAUGGAGAUUUUUCUUACUCUGGGUUUAGCUUGUUGUCAUCCAAAUCCAAACAAGAGGCCUAAUAUGAAAAUUGUUUUGCAGGUUUUGAAAGGGGAAGCCCUACCUCCUCCUGUGCCUAAUGAAAGGCCUGUUUUUAUGUGGCCUCCAUUGCCUCCUUCUUUUAAAGAAUUGGAUAUCUCUCUUGGCCAAUUCACUCCAUUUUCAGACAUUCAUGGAAGAUGAUUAAGUGACUGUUCUUUUAUUAUUGUUAUUAUUAUCAGGAGAACAUUAUAGGACGCUUUGUAAGGAUAUAAUAUAGAAAUAAUGUCCUUAUUUUCUCUUUUAUUAUUAUUAUUAUUUUUUUUUUACUUCAAUUGUGAUUUUAGCGUACUGUAAUAUUUAUCGUCUGGGGGUUUCCCUCUAUGCAUGUAAAUGCCGUAAUUUAAAUUUUCUUGAAUUUUUUUCUAUAA